CAUAUCGAGAUUCCGUAUCCGUACAUACAUACAACGUACCACAACCUUCCCCAGCUGCACCACAUGCUAUUGUUCCAACCCGCAAACAUCCAAACACAACGAGCAUGCGGACGCCUCGACCCAGCAUUGAAAUCGAACAACCCCGAAGCUUUCUCCGCAUUUACCCACCCGAUUGCUAGCAGACGACAUAAAUGCAACGAACAUGGACUUGGACCCAACAACAAGAAGCUUGCGUGCCUCCGUAGCCAAGUGGUCCGGGUUCGUGCGCCACGCACUGCUCAAACGCCUCGACCCGGAGAGGUUCGCUGCAUUUGCGCCCAUUCAUUUCUCAGAGCACCCGCUCCCCCCGCUCCUCGUCGCCGACAUCGUCAUCCGCCCGACCCAGCCCGGCAAAUACAGCCUUGACCCGCGCGCGUUCCGGUACUUGGAGGUCUUGCUCAAGCAGGGUCGGGUUGACACCGCUUCUGUGUUACGAGCGCUGUGCAAGUACUCGUCCAUACAUGCAUGGGUGCGCUCGCCACAGGAUGCUGCCGCGUUGCCGGGGGACGGCAUCAAGAAGGAGGAAGGGGCAGAGGAGAAGAAAAGGCCCGGGAUCGCGAGGUAUCAGAACUCGUACCACAUCGAAGAGGCUCUCCUGUGGCGACUCGCGCAGGCCGUGCACCGAGGUACUGGGAUCAAGACGUCCAAGAAUGUGAUCGAGGUGUCCAAGGUGCUGGUCAAAUGGAUGGCGCUGUUUGCCGAGGCCGCUGCGGCCUUCUCCAGGGAGGCGUUUGGCUCUCUGCAGAGCUUGCGGGUAAGGGACGAGGCGGAACGCGCGAAGAACGCUCUUGCUCUUUUCGCCUUUGCCUUCAGCGAGACCCCGGUUGUUUUGUCCGUCCUGAGCCGGCCGGUGUGUAAAGGCAUCUGCAAGUCGCUCUCGAACAGUUUGCGGGCAUUCAUGCCGUGCAUAAUGCACGUGAUGCCCGACGUAGCUGGACGGUUAGAGCUGUUCCGGACCGAAACGCUCUGCAGGUUCCUGCCAUCGGACAGAAAAGAGGCUGAACUGAACAGCUACGUGGACAAUCUCAUAGGCCUCGACAGCUUCCAGGUACCCGAGAUACCGGUUGUCAAUUCUCGAGCCGGCCUCUAUAUCUAUCUCAGUGCUUCGCUCGUGGGACGACCCAUGCUUGACGACGGCGCCCUAUUCACCUAUCUACACAACAGAUACCAGGGAGACAUGCAAUCAGCGGCGGUGCAGCUUAUCCUGGCGUCAUUUGACGUUCUCGCAAACGCCGUUUUCCGCAACGAGGGCCUCAAGACCGGCCACUUGCUUAAAUCCUACGUGGUCAACAAGGUGCCCUUGAUCCUCGUCUCGCUGGCCAAUGCAUCAACCAUUUACCCUUUCAACCCGGAGAUGUGCAUCACGGAAGCCUUGGGUCAGGUGGAUACCAACGUGUUCCCGACUCUAUCCGGCAUGUUCGAGAUGUCGAACACCAACUCUUCAUUUCACGAUUCUGUGCGCCAGGACUUCUGCUUCUCAUGCCAGCUCCACGGAUUGCUCUCACAGUCAGCGAUAGAAAAUCUGCUGGGCGACAUAACUUACCAAUCCUUACCGGACGAGGGCCGUUAUGUAAAGGACAUCCUGGUCCAGUCAUGCCUCCAAGAUGUGGACAAAACGCAGAAGCUGAUCGGGGAACUGGAGAACAUGAACGGAAACGUGGGCGCUGCGGCGCAGGCCGUCAUCGAGGUGAUUGGCAGCCUCUGUCAAAAUAAGGAAACGAUAACUCUCAGCAAGUUGUGCAGUCAACUUGCUACCAAGCCCUUGUCCUUGGACGUCCUCCUCCUUUUUGAUAAGCCGCAGAAGAUCCUACAUCCGCUGUGUGAACUUCUCGACAAUUGGGCUGGAUACGAAGAGGACCAAGGCGAGUACCAGCUGGUGUACGAAGAAUUUGGAUCUAUCCUUCUUCUACUUCUGGCAUUCGUCUACCGGUACAGCCUGUCUGCCCCGGAUCUCGGCAUCCGCUCGCCCGACUCGUUCGUGGGGAAGCUUUUGAGCGGCGACAAUGUCUGCCGCCCUCUAGAGGAGCUCAGCGAGCAGCAGAAAUCUCACCUGAACGGUUGGAUCCACGGGCUGUUCGAGGCCGGCGUUAUCGGAGACGAACUUAUGGCGUCGUGUCCGCCCCAGGACUUUUACUUACUAAUGCCCACGCUGUUCCACCAGAUCGUCCUCGCACUGAGCGCAGGGCGUCUGACGGAUGACAUGCUCAAGGGCGGCCUCGAGUAUUUGGUGGGUGUCCUGCUGUUGCCGUCCUUGGUUCCGGCGAUCCUGUUCUUGUCGAACCAACUGUGGGUGAGCGGACCCCAAAUUCAGCCUGCGAUUAUCAAGAUCCUUCAGGCCAUUAUUCGACCAAGCUCGAUCUCCAAUGAGGCGUCAGCUGUGUUGUCAUCAGUCCUCAACAUCGUCGCCAAGCCGCUCGAACACGCGUUGCGCUCCUACCAGCGCCAAGAUCCCACGUCCCAGGAGGUUGAGCCGCUCCUGCGCGCCAUCAAGGAGAACCUCUUACUCUCCCGACGAACCGGUGGCGCCGAUCACACUGAGCUCGAGUCCUGGACCAGUACACACCAGGCCAACUCCUCAACCGGCAGCUUCAUCCCCCAAGGCGGCCUCUCCGCCGCCAUCCGUCACACCGUCCAGAACCUGGUUCAGUGGGCCCAGCAGCCGCCCUUAACCGGCAUUUCCGCCACAUACACGCAUCGCCAGACCCUCGCAGCCCUCAAGAUGCUCGGCGCGAAACGUCUCCUCUCGCUCCUGGUCGAAGAACUCAAGGGCUUCACCGACACGACGCAAGCAGGCAUCGCUUACGACGUCGUCACGGCGAUGAUCUGCGCGCCCGACGUGACCAAUGAUUCCUCACUAACUGCCGCUGCCGCCGCCGGCUCUCCCGAGGCCAUCGCGCCGCAGCAGAGACGCAUCUCCCUCCGUGAGGCGCUCAAAGCCGAGGCAGACGACUGGCGCAAACUCCAGAAGUGCGAUCCGCUCAUGGCGGAGACGGUCGUGCGGCUCUAUCGGACAGUUGAGGGGCAAAUGGCGCUGCCGCCGCCGCCGGCUUCCGCAGCCAUGCUAGGGGGACAGCCGGAGCUGGGUGGCUUGGGGGUCGAUGUGAGCGGGGAUGUGGGUGCGUUGGGGGAUGCGAUUGCUGCCGCGGCGGCGGCCGCCGGGGAGCAUGGACAUCACGAUGCUAUGAGUCUGGAUGCGACGGGUCUGGAUGCCGCUGGCGUGUCGGAUCUGGGGGCACUAUCCGGGGCGACGGGGGAUUUGUCGCAGGUUGGAGGGUCGACUGGAACAGCAGGCGGUGGCCUGGAUUUGCCGGGGGGGGAUUUCUUUGAUGGGUUAACGGGUGCGAGCGAGUUCGGGGCCGAGUUCUCGAACUGGGAUAUGGACCUGGGUUAGGGAUCCAGGCGACAUGGCAAAUAGGGGGUAUCCGGGUGUCAAGUGGUUCCGGGAGCGUGAUGUGGUGAGCCAGGAGGAAUGCAUACAAGCGGAGUUUUUCUGAAAGGGGAAUUUGGGAAGGACAUUUACAUUGUGGCGUUUUCUGAUCCAAGGGUUACCAGCUAAACCGGUGCA